ACACUCAUGCGCAGGCGCAAACUGCUGCCGCCGCCGAGCCCUCUCGCGCAGGCGUGCUGUCCCUCGCUUCGGGACGGACGCUCCCGAGGCGAGAGAUUUCCAGGACAGGGCAGCGUCAACGGUGAUCAGCCAGGAAAAAGCAUUAGGGACGCCCCCGCCGCCGCGCAGCAGCUCGGGGACGUCCGCUGGCCGGACCCCACGGGGGAGACUGGCCAUGGCCGCCCGGCGCAUCACCCAGGAGACCUUCGACGCGGCCGUGCGGGAGAACAUCCGGGAGUUUGAGAUGGGGCCGGAGGACGCGGUGGCGGAGGCCGUGGAGCAGUUCGAGUCCCAAGGGGUUGAUCUCAGCAACAUUGUGAAGACGGCACCGAAAGUGGCCACGGACGGAUCCCAGGAGCCAAAGCACGACGUCCUGCAGGCCCUGGAUGCCCUGCAGGAGAGCGUGGCCAGCGCGCGCCCCCAGGAGGUGUUGGCCCACCUCGCCCGCUUCUGCGAGCAGUGCCAGCGGCACAAGGGCUGCCGCUUCCUGGCAGCACAGCACGGCGCCUACUCGGUGCUCCUCGCCGCCUGGCAGCUGGCCGCAGUGGGCAACCAGGACCUCCUGCUCCUGGCCCUCGACGCCCUCUCGGCGCUGACUGAUGGCCAACCCGACCUCCUGGAUGCCCAGGGCCGGAGGCUGCUGGUGGCCACGCUGGCCCGGCACGCCGACACGGCCGAGCUGACCUGCUCGGGGCUGCGCUGCGUGCGCCACGCCUGCCUGCGGCACGAGCGCAACCGGCAGGACCUGGUGAGGGACGGCGUGCUGCCCCUGCUGACCGGCGCCAUCACCCGGCAUGGCCGCCAUGCCGACGUGGUCAGGGAGGCCUGCUGCGCUCUGCGGAUCAUGACCUUCGACGAUGACAUCCGCGUCCCCUUUGGCCACGCCCACGCCCACGCCAAGAUGAUCGUGCAGGAGAACAAGGGCCUGUGGGUCCUCAUCGAGGCCGCCAGAGCCUUCCCCGACAACCCCGGCGUCCUGGGCGAGCUGUGUGGCGCCCUGUCCCGCCUGGCCGUCCGCAACGAGUUCUGCCAGGAGAUGGUGGACCUCGGGGGUCUCGACGUCCUGCUGGGCCCACUGGCCGACGGCGCCGAUCACCAGGACCUCGUGAAGCAGGCCCUGAGUGCCCUGCGGGCCAUCGCCGGCAACGACGACGUGAAGGAUGCCAUCGUCCGCGCCGGCGGGACAGAGGCCAUCGUGGGCGCCAUGACCCGGCACCUGGCCAGCCCCCAGGUGUGUGAGCAGAGCUGCGCGGCCCUGGGCGCCCUCGCCCUGCGCAAGCCGGAGAACAGCCGGGUCAUCGUGGAGGGCGGCGGCGCCCUGGCGGCCCUGCAGGCCAUGGAGGCGCACCCGCGGGAGGCCGGCGUGCAGAAACAGGCCUGCAUGCUCAUCCGCAACCUGGUGGCCCGCAGCCAGGCCUUCUCUCAGCCCCUCCUGGAGCUGGGGGCCGAGGCCCUCAUCGCACAGGCCCGUGCCGCCCACCCAGACUGCGAGGACGUGGCCAAGGCCGCCCUACGGGACCUGGGCUGCCGCGUGGAGCUCCGUGAGCUGUGGACAGGCCAGAAGGGUGACUUGGCACCGUGACCGCAGCUUAGCUGGGCGGCAGCUCUGGAGUGGGGAGACCCGUGUCCCACCACACCACCCCCUCCCCUCCCAGCAAGAGGGUGGGCGCAAGUGGGCGUCUGCACAUGGACAGCAGCCCCUGGGGACCUGGCCGCCCCCUGCCCCGCACCCUUCCAUCCAGAAGGACUUUGUCAGCUUGGGGGGCACAGGGCACAGUCCCCGGCCCCCGUCCUGAGCGAAACGUGGCAGCUGCCGCCGACCAGUGUCAGCGGCUUGUGGUCCUGACGUGCGGGCCCUCUCCUCAGUCUCCCACCCAUAAAGGGGUCUCGCUCCUCUCCUUUCUGGCUGGGGGGGCCUGGCGUCAGUCUCUGGGGCCCUGGGUGAGCUGUGGAGGGCCCCACUGUGGUCAGGGGGCUCAGCCAGUGGCCACAGGGCAACAUGAGGGGCAGCGAAGGGUUUUGUGUGUCCUUUUAGGUGAACUUGAGAGCAGUUGUAGGUUUGCAGAAAAGUGAUUGGGUUCCCAUUCCCCUACACACAGCUUCCCCGGUUCAUAACCCCUCUCGGUGGUGUUUGUUACAAGGGAUGAGCUAAUUGUUUUUAUAAUUAUACAAACCAAAGUCCACAGUUA